AUGGAAAAUGGUUCAACUUCCUCACCGAGAACUCCACUCUUUUUCCAGCCUCUUCUUCCAGGAUUCCACAGCCAUAUCCACUUAGCUGGAACAAAAGUAGAAGGCAGUGCGGUGGUGAAGCUGAGAUCGGACGCUUCUGAUAUGAUUUGGGAAGUGAAGAUGGACGGUCGGAGACUCACCCAAGGCUGGCAAAAGUUCGUCACUGGUCAUAAUCUCCAAGUCGGCGACAUAGUUGUUUUCAGACAUGACGGAGAUUUGUUGUUCCAUGUCACACCUUUCGGACCUAUUGGAACAGACUCAGACUCGGAGAAGUGUCAACACACAAGAGAAGCAGGAUCUUCAUCAGAUCACUCUUGUUUUCUUGUAGCACGUGUCACUGCUUCGAAUCUAAUCCACGAUCUACUGUUGCUUCCUAUGGAUUUCUCCAGAUCUAAUGGUCUAAUGAAUCGUAAGUGUGAGAUCAUUCUACUGAAUGAAUAUGGGAAACCAUGGAGAUUGCUCCUCGGUAAUUACAAAUCACGCGGUCGGGUUUACAUCAAAAGCGGUUGGAAAAGUUUCUGCUGCGCAAAUCGACGAAGAGCCAACGAUUUAUUGACCUUCAAACUUGUGCAAACCGGUACAACACCUGUUAUCCAGUUGUGUUCUUCUUCAUUUGCAACAAGCCAAUACAGACUCUUGACACUAUCUCUCACAACAUACACUCUCCAGACCAGGAAACUGUGUCUACCCGCGACAUUUCUGAAAGCGAAUGGUAUCGAGAAAGCGAGGAAGAUAACUCUAGUGGACCGAUACGGUGUGAAAAGGACAACAAGUCUUAAACCUGAGGACAAAUAUGGAAGAAUGAGAUUGGGAAAAGAGUGGAUAGAGUUCUGUGAAGUUAAUGGAGUGAAGACCGGCGAUUCCUUUAAGCUGGAACUCAUCUACGAAGAAGAAGAUACAGCUACGCAUCUACUAAAGUUCUGCUCCAAAGUCUAA